AUGAAGUGGCUUGUGCUCCUCGGGCUGGUGGCCUUCUCAGAGUGCAUAGUCAAAAUACCUCUAAAGAGAGUGCAGAUCAUGAGAAAAACCCGCAGUGAAAAAAAUAUGCUGAACAGUUUCCUGGAGGAACAUGCUUACAGACUGUACAAGACUUCUUCUCCUGGCUCAAAUAUAACUACUCACCCCAUGAGAAACAUCAAGAAUAUGCUCUAUGUGGGUAACAUCACCAUUGGAACACCCCCUCAGAAAUUCCAGAUUCUCUUUGAUACAGGCUCAUCUAACUUGUGGGUGCCCUCUAUGCUUUGCACCAGCCGAUUCUGUUCUUCACACGUUUUGUUCAGACAUCUUGAGUCUUCCACCUACCAGCCUACCAAUAAGACCUUCAUCAUCAAUUACCUUUCUGGGAGGAUGAAGGGAGUGAUUGCUCGUGACACCGUUCGGAUUGGGGACCUUGUAAGUACUGACCAGCAAUUUGGUCUAAGCAUGGAGAUAUCCAGGAAUAAGGAAGUACCUUUUGAUGGUGUCUUGGGCUUGGGCUACCCCAAAUUUUCUUUCAGUGGAGUUAUCCCCAUCUUUGACAACCUGAAGAAUCAAGGAGCCAUUUCUGAGCCCGUCUUUGCCUUCUACUUGAGCAAAGGCAAUCCAGAGGGCAGUGUGGUGAUGUUUGGUGGGGUGGAUACAUCCUACUACCAUGGAACGCUCAACUGGGUACCAUUGAUCGAAGCAGGCAGAUGGUGUGUCCACAUGGACCGCAUCUCCAUGAACAGACAGGUUAUUGCUUGUAAUGAUGGCUGUGAGGUCAUUGUUGACACCGGGACAUCACUGAUCCUUGGCCCAAGAAGAAUGGUCGAUAACGUCCUGAGGCUCAUCGGCGCCAAGCCACAGGGUUCCGAGCACUACGUUUCAUGUUCUGCGGUCAACACCCUGCCGUCUAUUGACUUCACCAUCAACGGCAUCAACUACCCAGUGCCAGCUCAAGCCUACACCAUCAAGGGUUCUGAUGGCAACUGCUAUAUCACCUUUAAACAGAUCCCAGCGAGUACACCUAGAGAGACCUGGAUCCUGGGUGACGUCUUCCUGAGACUGUAUUUCUCGGUCUUUGAUCGAGGAAAUGACAGAAUUGGCCUGGCACAGGCAGUGUAA